AUGUCUGGCACUAUACAGCAUGCUGACAUGUUCUAUUCGGAAUCAACAGGAAGUGGUAACACUCUAUUGCCGUCGCAAAGUCAACCGAAGUCGAAGAUUUUACAGAGAUGUGAAUACGUGUUCGAUAAACUGUUGCCUCAAGCUGACGAGGACCUCAGUAACCACCUUCAUAA